GUUAAAGCCAUCAAAGAAGCGGCUGCAGAGGAAACACUCACAUGAAGUGUAAGGGAUCUUACAACUUCCAGAUACCUUUCUUCUCGCUCUGCUUUGCUUGUCAUCUCUGUCUUUGUCCUCCUAAUGCCAAGUACCAACCCACCUCUCUCUCUCUCCGUAAGCGCUCAGUAUUAAUGACCCUUGAGCUGUGAAUGCUUCUUUGUCUUUUUUCCUGAAAUGGGUCUGUAGAUUUCCGGGUUUUGGGAUCUGGGUGUUGAAAUUUCCUUACAUGUUUUGUUCUAAUAAUGCACUAGAGUGCAUAAAGUUCAGUUCUUGCCCGAGGAUUACACGCUUGAAACGGCUCCAAAGCUUGGAUUUUUCUCCAUUACCCGCAAUUUUUCUGACAUGGGUUUUGCAUAAUCUUCCACUUUGGGAUUUUGGGUGUUGAGGGUUUCUAAGCUACAUUGAGAAAUUCAACUACUUCGCUGCUAUUUUUCUUGUCCCAAAUUCGAAUAGAGACCCGAGCAUAUAGUCGGAGAAGAGAGAGAUGGCUCCAAGGCUGGAUUUUUCAGAGUGGUGGGGGAAGGAAACGAGGAAAGGAACUCCAGUCGUGGUGAAAAUGGAGACUCCCAAUUACUCGGUGGUUGAAAUCGAUGAACCAGAUGCUGCGUUCCGACCAGUGGAGAAGAGCAGAGGCAAGAACGCGAAGCAAGUGACAUGGGUUUUGCUCCUCAAAGCCCACAGAGCCGUAGGUUGUCUCACUUGGUUCGCCACCGUCUUCUGGUCUCUCCUCGGUUCGAUCAAGAAGAGGCUCAGUUUCAAUCAGCCAAUGGCUUCUGAGAAACUGGGCAGAGACCGAUGGCUUUUCUCUGCCAUCAAGCUGUUCUUAGCUGCUUCACUGUUGAUUCUCGGGUUUGAAAUCAUUGCCUAUUUCAGUGGUUGGCAUUAUUUCAAGAACCCUAAUCUGCACAUUCCGGCUAGCGCCAUCGAGAUCCAGAGCUUGCUUCAUCUGGUAUAUGUUGGUUGGCUAAGCCUAAGGGCUGAUUAUAUCGCUCCCCCAAUCAAGGCUCUGUCCAAGUUUUGUAUUGUGCUCUUCCUUAUACAGUCAGUAGAUCGUUUGAUUCUUUGCUUAGGUUGUUUCUGGAUUAAGUAUAAGAAGAUUAAGCCGACAAUUGAAGGCGAACCUUGUCGGGAUUAUCCAAUGGUUCUGGUGCAGAUCCCAAUGUGCAACGAGAGAGAGGUAUACGAGCAAUCCAUCUCUGCAGUUUGCCAGCUCGAUUGGCCAAAGGACCAUAUGCUGAUUCAGGUUCUUGACGACUCGGAUGACGAAAGCAUCCAACAGUUAAUCAAGGCUGAAGUUGCUAAAUGGAGCCAAAAGGGUGUGAACAUAAUUUACCGGCAUCGCUUGGUUAGAACCGGAUAUAAAGCCGGGAACCUCAGUUCCGCAAUGUGCUGCGAUUAUGUGAAAGAAUACGAGUUUGUUGCGAUAUUCGACGCAGAUUUCCAGCCCAACUCCGAUUUCCUUAAGUCAACUGUUCCACAUUUCAAGGAUAACCCCGAGCUAGGGUUGGUUCAGGCAAGAUGGGCAUUUGUGAACAAGGACGAAAACUUGUUGACCCGUCUCCAGAACAUCAAUCUGUGUUUCCACUUCGAGGUUGAGCAACAGGUCAAUGGCGUUUUCUUGAACUUCUUUGGAUUCAAUGGAACUGCUGGAGUGUGGAGAAUCAAAGCCCUCGAGGAAUCUGGAGGUUGGCUUGAAAGAACCACUGUGGAGGAUAUGGAUAUAGCUGUUCGUGCACAUCUCCAUGGAUGGAAGUUCAUAUUUCUCAACGACGUCAAGGUUCUUUGCGAAGUUCCCGAGUCUUAUGAAGCAUAUAAGAAGCAGCAAUAUCGAUGGCAUUCCGGACCUAUGCAGCUUUUCCGUUUGUGUCUCGGGUCAAUUCUGACAUCUAAGAUAGCGAUAUGGAAGAAAGCAAAUCUGAUACUUAUCUUCUUCCUUCUAAGGAAACUCAUACUUCCCUUCUACUCCUUCACACUGUUCUGCAUAGUUCUUCCCCUCACCAUGUUUGUUCCGGAAGCCGAGCUCCCUGUGUGGGUCAUCUGCUACAUACCCGUUUUCAUGUCUUUUCUCAACAUCCUUCCUGCCCCGGGAUCUUUCCCUUUCAUUGUCCCUUACCUCUUGUUCGAGAACACGAUGUCAGUCACCAAGUUCAACGCGAUGGUGUCUGGAUUAUUCCAACUGGGCAGCUCUUAUGAGUGGAUUGUCACGAAAAAGGCCGGAAGAUCAUCAGAAUCAGAUCUUCUGGCUUUCACCGAGAGAGAAUCUAAGAAGAUACUCGACCAGAAAACCCGAAUUUCCCGUGGAGCUUCGGACAGUGAGCUCUUCGAGCUGAACCAAUGCGAGGUAUCGAAGAAACCCGUAAAAAAGACCAAUAAGAUAUACCGGAAAGAGCUCGGCUUGGCAUUUCUUCUGCUCAUUGCGGCCCUUAGAAGUCUCUUGGCGGCUCAGGGAGUUCAUUUCUAUUUUCUGUUGUUCCAAGGAAUCACGUUUCUCCUGGUGGGUCUCGACCUCAUUGGCGAGCAGAUGAGUUGAAAAAGCCAUUGGAUGCCGCUUCAGGCAAUGAAUGAUUCAGUAACUUCAGUUGAAUAAAUUGGUGAGUUUCCUAAAUUGUUCAGUAAUAACUUCCCUUUUGUGUGUGUGUGUUGGAUUUUGUACGAACCGUAGUGACUAGGGCAUUUAAUUGAACUUGCAUUUGUUUCUUCCUCCAUUGUUAUUGAUCCUUCGAGGUAGAUGCCGAGCCACACACACACAUAUAUAUGCAUAUAUAUAUACAUGUAUACAGUCUGUAAAGUUUGAACUUAUUGUGGAAGUAAGCUCUGAUAAAGAGCAGGCUGUCUCUAUUCUGAUUCAGA